AUGGUCAAGGAGACAAAACUUUACGAUUUACUUGGAGUAUCUCCAACUGCUAAUGAGCAAGAAUUAAAAAAAGGUUAUAGAAAAGCAGCUCUAAAAUAUCAUCCAGAUAAACCAACAGGUGAUACUGAAAAGUUCAAAGAGAUAUCAGAAGCCUUCGAAAUUUUGAAUGACGCCCAAAAGAGGGAAAUAUAUGACCAAUAUGGUCUUGAAGCUGCCAGAUCAGGUGGCCCAAGUUUCGGUCCAGGUGGUCCCGGCGGCGCUGGAGGAGCUGGCGGGUUCCCUGGUGGAGCUGGCGGAGCUGGCGGAUUCUCCGGCGGUCAUGCAUUUAGCAAUGAAGACGCUUUCAACAUUUUUUCACAAUUUUUUGGCGGCAGCUCCCCAUUCGGUGGUGGUGAUGACAGUGGAUUCAGUUUCUCAUCUGGAGGUGGAGCUAAUAUGGGAGGUAUGCCGGGUGGUAUGGGAGGUAUGCCUGGCGGUAUGCACGGUGGCAUGGGAGGUAUGCCUGGAGGUAUGCAUGGCGGUAUGCCUGGAGGUAUGCCUGGUGGAUUUAGAUCAGCAUCAAGCUCUCCCACAUAUGCAGAGGAAGAAACAGUUCAAGUUAAUUUGCCAGUUAGUCUCGAAGACUUGUUCGUCGGUAAAAAGAAAUCGUUUAAAAUUGGAAGAAAGGGUCCACACGGGGCUGCUGAAAAGACACAGAUCGAUAUUCAAUUAAAACCAGGCUGGAAAGCAGGUACUAAAAUAACAUACAAGAAUCAAGGUGAUUUUAAUUCGCAGACAGGUCGUAGAAAAACCUUACAGUUUGUCAUUCAAGAGAAGGGUCAUCCAAACUUUAAAAGGGACGGUGAUGACCUGAUUUACACUUUGCCGCUAUCGUUCAAGGAAUCAUUACUCGGUUUUUCGAAAACUAUUCAAACAAUCGAUGGUAGAACAUUACCUUUGUCAAGAGUGCAACCUGUUCAACCUUCACAGACUUCUACAUAUCCUGGGCAAGGUAUGCCAACCCCAAAGAACCCAUCUCAAAGAGGUAAUUUGAUUGUAAAAUAUAAAGUAGACUACCCGAUAUCAUUAAAUGAGGCUCAAAAACGUGCUAUAGAUGAGAAUUUCUAA